AUGUCGUCAGUUUCCUCUGAGCAGCAGCUGCAGAUUAUUAUGAAUACCUGUGAAGAAGAAGAGAUCAGUCCAACCACAGGAUACAGAGGCACAGGAUACAGAGACACAGGAUACAGAGGCACAGGAUACAGAGACACAGGAUACAGAGGCACAGGAUACAGAGGCACAGGAUACAGAGACACAGGAUACAGAGACACAGGAUACAGAGACACAGGAUACAGAGACACAGGAUACAGAGACACAGGAUACAGAGUCUGGUUUAUCUGA